AUGGAUGUCCAUUCAGUGAGUCGACCACUUCCACCCAUUCCGAUCACGGAUGCGAUCUCGGUUCCUCCGAUCGUACGAGCCAAUCCGAUCCGUUUUCAUCGUGUCUCAUUGCCUCCACCACCGAGAGAAUCACCUCCGCCACCGCUAUCUCCUCCGCUUAGUCCGAUCAUACGACCGCCAUCGUUUCACCAAGGCAUACUCCCCCUGAUACGAGCUGGUUCCGAAGGCCCUCGGUCACCUCAACCUUCACGAAUCACUUCCAGACCGCGGGUACCGCGGAUGGGUACAAGUGUUACCCCGACACAAUCACCCAGCCUAGUAACAAAUGCGCUGGGAUCAAAGACGGAAUUUGUGCCAACCGUCCGUUUAAGGGCUAGAUCUGUCUCGGGCCCGUCACCAAUCCAGUCACUUCUCUCAUCCGCUCGGGUAACCUCUAACACCGUAUCAUCUGAUCUACGACGCAUAUUUCGUCGUCCCUCGUAUCGGCCUGACAGUGCAAUCGACAAGCGGAUGGAGACAGUCAAUCCUGGCCGUCUGACACCAAUUUCCGAGAGAACGAACACAUCCUCUCCGUCGACCAAGCAAUCCUAUUUCAGCGAUUACUCGCUGUCUGACUCGGAAUUAUCCGACGCGACGGAGACAACAAAUCUCAGUCUUACUUGGCCCCUGUCUCGAUCGCAAACUGAUCUGUCUAACAAACUAUAUCGACCGUAUGCGAAAAUCAAUAAUUUGGAAUCUACCGGUGAGUCAAAACAGGACGUUCCGCGGAUGGAUCCACCAAGAUCGUCCGAGACCCGGUCACCUGCAGUGCCCGUGCCACUGGAGUCAACUGACCAAAUGAUGCUACCGCCCAAUGAAGUGGCCGAGUUGAGACAGUGGAUGACUGAAAUCGAUCAGGAUGAGAUUAUGCGACGAUUCAAACGAAUGCGUAUGGUCACGAUGACUGCCCGACGGUGGACUAUCAAAAGACGUCCGGAUGGAACAAGAUAUUUAGCCUAUCGUCGAUCACAUGGAAGUCGAUGCCGCCAUCAUAGCAAUGAACCAACAAGUGAAGUUGUGAAUACUCAGACAGACGAACUCGGCUGCUCGGGUCGUUCAAACAAACUAUCAAUUGAUACACCGGAUAACUGGACUAAACCAAAAUCCGAAUCAUCACCGCCACCACCACCAUCAGCAUUACAAAUAUAUGCAGGAUCAUCACCAGGUGAAUCCACUGUCCCCGAACACGAAAACAGACGAAGGCGUCCUAGAUCCCACCGAUCUGGUCAAUGUCCUAGUCAGCCUUCCACUACUUCUCCCAACUCCGCUAGUCGACCCGAAUCGUUUCCUCCGUCGGCUACGCUACAUGGAAGAUCCGCCCAUCGGUCCAGUCCGCGUGAUGAAAUCCAACGUCGUGUUUCGGUUAGUCGCUCCACACGUCCCGCAGAUAACACGUCCACGAAUAUGCAUACCGCAUCGGUGAACAGCACCUCGCGAUCAACACAUCGUCGUGGACGGCACCGUGUCCGACGAGUGGACGGAUUUCAUGAGAUUAGUGCCAGGGUAGGACGAAAUGCUAGUUGCCGUCUUCAUCGUGCACCAGAUACACGUCCGGAGACGGUGCUGACAGGCGAACGGACUUACGUGUACUAUUUGACCACGCAUCCUGGUGGCGGUGGUGCCAGCACGCGGUCACAUGAGCGUGUACGUGAUUUGAGCUUUUCUCCUCUCUAUCCGCUAUCCUCUCGUUCACGUGCUGACAGCGCGGAUUCUGACAGUACCAAACUGAUCACCAUGCUUGUGGUUUGA